UCACUCACUCCCCUCCCCUCCACUUCCAACCCUAUCCUGCCAGUGUCCCCGCUAAAAUUAAGUAAGCCGUAACUCACAAUCAGCCCGACCCCAAUGUCCGUUGCGCCGGAUUCGCCCAAUUGUCGGUAGCGCAUAUCGUAACCAUCGUCCCGAGUCUUUUUAGGAACAUUUGUCCUUAUCCCCGGCGCUCCUUGGCCCGCUCCCUUCCUACAAUGGUACGGUACGGCUUAUCAUACCACACACCACCGGCGCUCUGCCCUACUCGAGCACACCGCGCUGUGAUCAGGUACAAGUGUAGGCCUACAAAACCCCCUUCUCUUAUAUUAGUCGUCGAACGGUGGGUGACAGGGCCAAACAUCAGGCCAUUUCUCCCAUCAUCAUCAUCAUCAUCACAACCGCAACCACAACCCCAACACCGUACAGUAGUGUAUUCAAUCAAUCCCACAUUCUAAAAAAAGCCAGAGAAGGGAGAACCGUGCCAGUAAACACCUAGCAGGGAGGGAAAGGGAAAAACGAAAAGGAGAAGGGAAAAAAUGAUGGCAUAAUUAUUUUUUUCCCGCAAGAUAUCUUUAAUAUCCUGCAUUCCCUCCUUUCCUCCUUUACUCAGCCAUCAUAUCAUAUCGGUACUCCAUCACGGUGCUAUAACCACGGUAUGGUGCCAUCCUUACCUUCUAAGGACCGCGCAACCUUCUGACCUUACCGUGCUCACUCCGGGUGGACGGUGUCCCUCAGUGAUACCGACCCCAUCCGUCCAUCCAUCAAUUCACCCAUCCUAUCCCGUCCAGUUCGCAUUAUACUACCUCUCCCUCUCCCUCCCCCUCCCCCUCCGUGCCUCCCCACACACGCACAUACACGUACAUACGUACAUACAUACGCACACACAUCCCUUCCCGCAGUUCUUGGGGAAGAAAUCCGGAACGAGUUGGUGACAAAGGUUGCGGAGCUGAUUCCACUGGCUCGGGUCUCACACUUCGGACCCGUGCAUCCUCUCUUUCCCCUCCCUUUCUUUGCUAGCAGGACAAAAGCAGGGCCGUACGAUUACGGUACUGUGUUUGCCCACAGGGUUCCCGGCGUUCGUCGGGUGCACUGUACCUGUCCGGGGUUACGGUGUGCAACCUACUCCACAGUACUCUUGCUCGUUGAGGAGGAACUAAGAAGAAAAGAAAAGAAAAAAGAAAAAAAGAAAAAGUGAGGAUAGAUCAGACCAGAUCAGGUCAGUUGAGGGAGGCUGUCAAGUGUUUUUUAAGCUUUGAAAGGGUGAGAGAGGUUGAAUAGAGGAGGGGAACGGAGGGGGAAGUAUCGUCCAUCAUAAUAGUUAGUAGGCCUUUUGUUCCCAUUAUCCUCUGUCCUCGUUAGGGUGUGGUGUUUGCUGUUGUCGGCUGGGUUUAACGACGGAGGAUUUACUCGUACCUGAGAUUCCUCAUUCGUUGAUCUCCUCCGCCGUACUGGGUAACCAACCAUACCAUAUUCCCCCCUCGGGUCCGCCGCUGAGGAGCUGGCUGGCCCCUUCACAUUCGCCUCGCCGCCGGGGAUGGUCCCCGUUGGCCCUUCAACUGCUGCGGCCGUCCUCUUUGGUGCUGUCUGUCGUGUUUGCCCUUCCACUAGCUCCAGCUUAUCAAGCAAGAACUGUUAUCCUCAAAAGAAGCGCAAUACUGAUAUCAUGGCAUAAGGAAUCAGUUAGGUGCCGCUAUUCUCCUCCCACUCGCAGGACCGCAUCUCAUCACCCCAGCUCGUUCACUUCUCUUCUCACCUUCCCCCAUCAUCACCACCACGAACAACCCCCACCCCCUUUUUCUGGCUCUUCGGUCUGGCCCUACCAUUCCCGUCCCCCUUAUCAUAUCAUUUCCCCUUUCCCCCAAUAUUUCCUGAUUUUAUUAUAGAUCCCCAUCUUCUGAUAUCUUGUGUAGCGUCCCCACUUCCCGUGGUUAUCCUUUUUUUCUGUCUCUUUUCUUCCUUUCUUUCUUUUUUUUACCAUUUCUCCACUCGGGUACCUCUCUUUCCUGGAAAAAUUUCCGAUUCGGAGGUUUAAUACGCCACCCUUCCCCCCAAAGUACGAGUACACCAUCGUAUUCACAAUCUUGGAUCCCAUCAUUAUCCACCCCACCCCCCCUUGCCCGGCUGGCCAUUCCGUAAAGCGGUUUGGAGACAAGAAAAGGGCCAGCAAAUCUGAACAGAAGGAGAGGGAAACGAACCAUAAAAACAGGUGAGCAGAUAUCAUCUCGCAUUAGGGAAGGGGAAGAAGCGUCAAUCUCCUAUUCUUGCUUUUAUCCCCACCCCCCUCCUCCCUACCUCUCUUCUCUGCCUGCCAUAAGCUUUGACCAAACCAAGGUAACCAUCGUCCCUGCUAACCGACCCUGGCCCAGACAGGCGGAAUUGUCAAACUCUUGACAGGUUGAGGCAAGGACAGACUUGGACUGUGCAUGUUGCGCCACUUCUUCGUAGUUUGCACUAAGCACUCGUUAUUCGGUCGAUAGAAAAUUAUUCCCAUAACACCCCACAAGGAAUUGACUAUAAUCAAACCCAUCUUUCCCCUCCGGCCAGCGAUCUUGAACCUCCCCUCUUCCCAGCAGCACUUCUCCAAUUCUGGUUCUCCGAGAAAAAAAGAAAAAAAAUACUAAGCAGGGGGCAAUAUUUUUUUCUCUUUCUUCCACAAUAUCUCGUCCCCCACGAACCUACUAGGGUCAGGGAAGAAAAUCGGCCAACAGUGAGAUAGUCAGCCCACCUCGUUUGGCGAGGGAACAACUGGUCCGAGCAAGUGAGAGAAUACAGAAGGGUGUCGCAACUCAACUCGCGGCGCGUCGGCGCUAGGAGACGAAAAGCGAUAUAAUCGGGUGACGUUGGGUGAUUCUUCUCUUCUUUCGAAAGUGCCUCUCGACCUUUUAACUCUUUUCUCUCUCCCACCUCUUGUCGCAAUACAUACUGGAAAAAGGCGAACCUUGCCGCUCUCUCAGCAGUCAACGUCCAAUCCCCCCUCCCCAUCUUUUUAUUUUUCCCAUUCUGCUCCUCCCUCCCCCGCGCUCCACAGGGCCCAAAGAACCAACGAAAGCCUUGGCCUCUAGAUAGUUGACCCCCCUCCCAUUCGGCCCGUUGCCUAGCCGCGCGCAACGCUCUGAGAAAGACCCGAGUCGUUCGUUGCUACCUUUUGGUAACGAGUUACCAGACCAUACUAUUGUUGCAACAGCCAGCUAUUUUUCCUAGGGUCACGCCGCAGCAUGACAGUCAUGGAGGGUGGGGGCCGGAAAGAUAUCGUUAUAAUAGGUGAGUUUGGCUCUUGAUCGACGGCGCCGGCCUUCUGUCGUCUAUUCCGUGGUUUGGUCGCUGAGAAGUGUUCUCGAUAGGCGGCGGAAUCAUCGGUUGCACAACAGCAUACUACCUGACUCGGCAUAAGAAUUACGACCCAAAGAAGCACAGUAUUACCGUUAUAGAAGCGACCAGAAUUGCUGGGGGUGCGUCGGGGAAGGCUGGCGGGUUGUUGGCUGUAUGGGCUUAUCCGAACAAUAUCGUACCCUUUAGCUUCGCACUACACCAGGAUCUAGCGAUCGAACAUGGGGGCGAGGAAACGUGGGGCUAUAGGCGGGUGUCAUGCGGGAAUCUCGAGGCUAUGGGACGGGAGCGCAGUGAGCUGGAGCGGCUAGGAGCCCAGACGGGAGUGUCUCUCGGGAAAAGAGUGGGGGAAAAUAGAAAGGCGAGCCGGGGUAAAUCGAAGGACUCAGGACUGCCGAAGGACUUGGAUUGGGUAAUGCCUGAUCUGGUGAAGGGCUACGAGGAGAUGGGGGGCAGCAACGAGACUGCCCAAGUUCACCCGUAUCAAUUCACAAUGUCAAUGGUAAGGCUUGCCCAGGAACGAGGGGUUAAUGUCAUCGUUGGCUCUGUGACGGAUAUCGAAUAUACGGAAUCCAGCCCAACCCCUCCACCCACGACCCCACCCCCUUCCGACAACAUGGCUCCGAACGGCCCGCCAUCCCCAACGCUGUCAUCUGCGUCCGUGAAUUCUGUCCCCCCCCCUCGAAACAGCCGUCGAAAGGUCUCGGGGAUAACGUACACGGACACACAGAGCGGCGCUUCUUGUACCAUUCCCGCAACAACUGCAAUCUUGGCCGCAGGCCCGUGGACCUCAAAGCUCUACCCCUCGGCCCCAAUAUCCGGGCUAAGAGCACAUAGCGUGACCAUAACACCCUCUUCGCCGGUAUCGGCCUAUGCCCUUUUCACCGAAAUAACCGUCCCACCAACGCCCCAAUCACCCCUCCAUAGCAACCAGCCACCGAAUAUUGUCUCUCCGGAAAUCUAUGCCCGACCAAACAACGAAAUCUACGUUUGCGGUGAGGGAGAUAUGGAAGUAGCCGUACCCGAAACAACGGCGGACGUACAAAUUGACGAGGCCCGCUGCGAUGACUUAUUAACUCAGGUAUCGAGUAUAUCAGACAACAUUCGGCUGGGUCGUGUAACCCGCAAGCAAGCCUGCUACCUGCCUAUUCUAAACGUAGGUGGCUCUGGUGGCCCUCUUAUUGGUGAGACGGGGACCGAGGGUCUACUGAUGGCCACCGGGCAUUCGUGCUGGGGCAUUAAUAACGCCCCGGCUACGGGGAAACUGUUGUCGGAGAUAGUGUUUGAAGGCCAAGCGUUGUCAGCGGAUAUUAGGCAGUUGGAUCCUCGACGGAUUCUUUAGCGCCCCCCAAUUUUCAAAACCAACCCUCUGAUUUACCCCGACCACGCCAUCUAUUCUUUCCCUUUCCACUAUUGCAAUGUCUAUUGGAGCGGAGCGGCUAUUUCUCGUUUUUCCUAUUUCCUGUGGAUAUUUCUUCCUUUCUUUUUCGUUUCUUUAUAUAUAUCCUUUUCCGUCUUUGGUAAAUGCAAACGUUGGUGCCUGGU